AUGGAGCAUGAGCCAGUAGCUACUGGUGAAGCAGGUAGUCAACGGGUUAAUUUUGAUUUCAGAUUUGGUGUAUCAGAUACGCAGCAAGUUAGGGAUUCAGAUACUGAUUAUGAAGACUCCGAUGAGUUAAAAAGCAUUCAAAGUGAAGAUGAGUGUACAACUUCAAGAAACAGAGCUUUUACUGAUGGUUUCAAUGUGAGGACAAAUAUGGAGGAUCCAGAGUUUAGAAUAGGUUUGGUAUUCGAGUCGAAGGCUAUCUUGAAGGCUGCAAUCACUGCACAUUCAGUUAAUAAAAAUCGAGAGAUCAAAUACAAGAAGGAUGAUUCAUACAGACUGAGAGCCAUAUGUAAGGGGGAUUGUCCGUGGUUGUUAUAUGCUACAAAAGAGCAUAACAAGACAAGCUUUGUGAUUAAAACUUUUAUCGAAGAGCAUACUUGCCCUAUGGUGUAUAGGAACUUCAGAGUGAGCUCAACCUACCUGGCUGAUAGGUACUUAUCCGAUUGGAGGGCUGAACCAAACAUGUCAGUUAGUACAUUCAUGGAGAGGGUGAAAAAGGAUGGUUUGGGUGAUAUCUCCCCUUGGCAAGUGUACAGAGCAAAGGAGAAAGCACUUGAAAAAAUUCGAGGUAGUGUGAUUGAGCAUUACAGAGUACUAUGGGAUUAUUGCGAGGAGUUGAAGAGAACAAACGUUGGAACAACUGCUUUAGUUGAGGGAUAUGCCGGUGAAUUCAGACGACUGUACAUUUGCCUUGGAGCAUUGAGGGACGGUUUCAUUAGGGGCUGUAGAAGGUUGAUUGGGUUAGAUGGUUGCUUUUUGAAGACAGAGCAUGGUGGGCAGUUAUUAUCUGCAGUUGGUGUGGAUGCUAAUAAUGGUAUGUACCCAGUGGCGUAUGCAGUUGUUGAGGUUGAGAACGGGGAUAACUGGAGAUGGUUUUUGGGGUUGUUAAAGGACGAUUUACAUAUAAACAAUAGUCAGCAUUGGACAUUUAUUUCUGAUAAGCAGAAGGGGUUGGUUAAUGCAAUUGAGUCUUUGUUCGAGAAUUCGGAGCAUAGAACAUGUGUUAGACAUUUAUACAAUAAUUUUAGUGCCUCACACAAGGGAUUGGCUUUGAAGAAUUGUCUGUGGGAUGCAGCCAGAGCGACUACUGUAUUGCAGUGGGUUCACCACAUGCAGCGGAUGUUAGACAUAGACCAGGCUGCGUAUGAAUGGCUUGAAUCAAAACCAGCAUCUUAUUGGAGUAAAUCCCAUUUCAGAGAGGGAAACAAAUGUGACAUGCUUCUCAACAAUUUAUGUGAAUCAUUUAAUAGUACAAUUGUCAAUGCAAGAGAGAAGCCCAUUUUGACCAUGCUAGAGGAGAUUCGGAUUUAUUUGAUGAAGAGAAUUGUUAUCCGUAGAGACUUCACAAUUGAGUAA